AUGGCGGGGAAGUUGGAACCUUCGGAAGUGGCGCCGCUGGAAGUCCUUGAGGAGGCUGAAGGUCAGACCAAGUCUUCAAAGAAGACUGAAGAGUUGCUGGAAAUGGUGAAGAAGCUGCAGAAAGAGGGAAGCCUGGAGCCACAGGUCGAAGACCUGAUUAACCGGAUUAAUGAGCUUCAGCAAGCAAAGAAGAAAUCCGGCGAGGAACUGGGAGAAGCCCAAGCUCUCUGGGAGGCCCUGCGUAGGGACCUGGACUCCUUGAAUGGAGAGAAAGUGCACCUGGAAGAGGUUUUGAGCAAAAAGCAAGAGGCACUGCGGACCCUCCAGCUGCACUGCCAAAGGAAGGGAAGUGAGGCUCAGAGGAAGUACAUGCUGGCAGGGCACGUGGAGCACAUUUCUAUCCACAACUCUCAGACCACAGAGAGUCAAGGACAGAGGAAGCCGGGGUUGCACGUGGAAGAACGGCUGGAGGAUUUGACAGGCCAGCACAAGGACCCCUGGGAAUUUCACAUGCUGAAGCAGCGACUGGCCCGGGAGAUCCGUGCCCUGCAGAGCAGCAAGGAGCAGCUGCUCACCGAAGAGAGGCAGGCGCGGGCCAAGCUGGAGACGGUGGAGCGGCGGCUGCGCUCGCCGCCCGAGGUCCAGAGCGCCCCGGCAGAGAAAGACGGGCUGAAGGCGGAGCUGGAGAAACUCGGGGGGCAGGUCCCCGCCCAGACCCAGACCACCCGAGAGGACCGGGCCGGAGAGGUAGAGAGCCCGGCAUGGAGGCCAGACGGGCCGAGACAGAGCGGGCGGGAUGUCCCCGGAGCCCCUCUGAGAGGGGGGUGUGCGGGUGCAGGGCGUCCUCGGGGGGGCGGGGACAGGGAAAGGGCGGCGCGGGCCAGCGUGGUAGGGCGUCAGGGCCCCAGAGCCUGACUCCCAGCCCCCGCAGGCCGGCCGCCAGCUCCCCAGCGAGGGCGACCUGGCGCCGCCGGCGGAGCUGGCCCUGACG